AUGACUAAUAUAGUUUUAGAGCUAAGAACUUUGUCAAGUACAGUUGAGGAGAAAGCAAAGUGGAUUUUCAACAAACUCAAAGGGUCACCACCAAAAACCUUGCCAGAUCUCCUCCGAGAGUACAACUUACCCCCAGGACUCUUUCCUCAGAACAUAACCUGUUACGAAUUUGAUGAAACAAAGGCAAGGCUGAUCGUGUAUUUGCCAUCACCGUGCGAAGUUAGCUUCAAGGAUUCAUCUGUAAUAAGGUAUGCAAACCGAGUGAAAGCGAUACUGCUAAGGGGAAAGCUAACAGGAAUUGAGGGAAUGAAAACAAAGGUGCUAGUUUGGGUUAAGGUCACUUGUGUGGCAGUUGAAAGUUCCAAAUCCGAUAAGGUAUGGUUCACUGCUGGAGUCAAGAAAUCUAGGUCCAAGGAUGCUUAUCUAGUUGCCCGUAAUGGUGUUAGGAUAGAAGAUUUCGACUCUUAAGAAAGAUAAAAGAUAGUAGUUUUUGUUUUAGGUGCUAACUAUUUGUUGGUGUCAUCAACUUGGCUACAUAUAAUACCAAAAUUAUCAAAUUUGUUUUGGUGUUUGUUUUUUUUUACUUUUGUUUAGCAAUUAAUGUCAAAAGCUUCUUGUUAUGGGAUUUAGUCAUUAUCAUUGGCUAAUUAAGGUUAGCUUUGAUACUUUUA